AUGGCACGAUAUUCACAUCGGAUUGCCAUGAUAGCAGCAAUCCUACCAUCGGCAUGGUGUACAACUGUUGAUCUGCCAAUUCACUUUCGCAAUAGCUAUGCAUCAGUGGAAGUAGAUAUCGGGACACCUGCUCAAGCACAUUUCCUCCAUUUUGAUACUGGCUCAUCUUCCACAUGGGUGGUUGACCAGAACUGCGCAACAACUUGUCCAAACGGCAGCGGGUUUGACCGGAAAGGUUACAACAUUUCCGCCUCUUCGACUGGCACGCGUCUAGGAGCUUAUGGAAGUAUUGAUUACUUUGGAGGCAAGACCGCCGGCCCAGGAGUAGCCGAUACAUUCAGCCUCCCGGCUGGGGCCCAAGGGGAUGCCGCCUUGACGUGGAACCAGACAUUCCUAGCUGCGAAUGGGACUUCCUGGCGAUUCAUCUCCGCGGAUGGGUUCUUGGGGUUAGCCUUUAGCACUAUUGCUGUCGCGAACACCACGACGGUCGUUGAGACGCUUAUGCAGCAGGGUCACCUUGACGAGCCCCGGUUUGCGAUCUACUAUGGCAAAGAGUUCGACGAUACCGGAGCAAACCCGGAAGGUGUUUUUACCAUCGGCGGCUCGAAGGAGGAGCAGUAUGCCGAUGGCGACUUGACAUAUGUUCCAUUGGCAUCGGAAAAGGAGUACCAGGUGUGGCGCGCCACGCUCACAUCGAUUGCUGGAUCAAGCAAUAGAGGCAAAAGGCAAGCCACCAGUAAGCUUAAUGGAGGUAGAGCAGUGUUCGACACGGGGGCCGGAGCAUUACAGGUACCGUCCAAUACCAUUGCAGAGCUUUACACCUCAAUUGGCAUGAACUGGACAGCCAUUAGUCAAGACGGCUAUAUACCUCUGUGCAGGGACUUCAACUCGAGCUGGUCGGUCACUUUCCAUUUCGGGGACUCCGAAACCGACCCCAAAUUGACUUUAACCGGCGAUCAAUUGGCCCACCCUGGAUUUGCCGACAGGAAGGACGCAUGCAAUCCACCCUUCGAUGACAGCGGGAGCAAUGAUUUCGCCCUUCUCGGCACGCCUUUGCUGCAACAGUUCUAUACUGUGUGGGACUUUGGAGCUACUGCGGUGCCCAACUAUCAUCCUCGAAUUGGAUUCGGAACACUGAAAGCGGAGGUGCGACCGUGA